AUGGGCGACGAAGACUUGGAGAAAUCGGCGAAAUGCGUCCUUCCCUAUAGGGAGCGUGAUGAGCAUCAAGACACAUACGAGCUCAUGCCGCUUCCAGGUCCGCCUCCAGAUCCGGAUCAUCACAGGUUCGCGGAGGUUCCCAUAAAGAUUAAGUCCAAACGCGUCAGGCUCGUCAGAAGACUCCAAAGGAAACCACAAUUAUACAGACUUGUGCCCAUUCCAAAUUCGACUUUUCACCAAUUCGCGAAAUUGCCCGACAAGAUCAAGUUCAGAAUUUGGCGCGAGUUUUACUUGGAACCUAGAUACUACAUCGCAGAACUUCAUCCAAAAGACGAUGACAUAGAAGGCGAGGAUUACGACUGGGAUGUGGAAUCGUACGAUGCGGAAUCGUCAGGCGAAGAGCCUUCUGAAAAUAACACAACCGAAGAGGAUGCCUCCAAGAGGAGGACUCCUGAGGGUCAUUCUCCAAUGAAAAAUACUCCACAGACCGACGCGCUAGAUGCCAAUGCUCCCAAGGGGCAACCAUAUGACGAGUAUCUAUCCGAUGAAUAUAGUUCGGAAGAGGAUGAAGGUUCGGAGGAUGAAGCUAACGAGGAUCGAGCCGCCGAGAAUGAAGCUACCGAGAAUGAAGCUGCCGAGAAUGAAGCUGCCGAGAAUGGAGCUGUUGAAAGCAGGGGCUGCAGAGCUGCCUGUGGUAGAACCAUCGACAAUCAAUCCGACGAGCUAGACGUCGACGAAGUAGAUGAUGAGAUGGACAAUGCAGAGGGCCGUAGCUCUACUGAUUUGCUCAUUCGGUCCUCAAGCAACAGCUCAGAACCACUCGACAAAGCAAACGAGGAAACCGACAAACCGACACACCGUACGGUGUUUUGGACUCUGUCCAGACAAGAUGCAGAGUACUCGGAUGGCUACUACGACUCCGUCGACACGAAGAUCGAUUCUUUGUCGAGAUCCGUGGCCCAAAGCGUCAGGUCGACAUUCUGGUUUCCAGCAUUCGUCAAGGACGAGCUUGAGGGAAGCGAGGAAGGCCCAUGGAUGGCGGUCCCUCCAUCGAAAGAUUCGGCAUCGAAAAUGGGAGAGAGUGCUACCAUCAACUGGGACAUCGAUUUUGUCCACGUAAAGAGUACCAAGUUCCAUUCUGGCAUUCCGAGUGGUGUCAUUAUCAGAUGA